AUGAUUCUGAGACAGCGGGUAUUCAAGUGAGUUUUAAUGCCCUUAGGCGACAUUAUUUACUUCCCAAAUUAACUGCUUGACACGUUUUUUUUCGAAAAGGAAGGCCUUAAAAUAAGAUUAGAAUGGAAUAUAAUGCUGGUCGAAAUAUAAAAUUUGCAGGAGUUCCUCACCUCAUGAACCUCUGCCUUCAUACCGCCAUACUGUACUCAAAGUCUGCGAACUUCAGCUCAAAUUGUGCAAGAAAUUGAUCCAAAUCUCUUCCAAGUCGAAUGCCGAACCGGAUGCACUCAAAGAGAUUGCUGGCGUCACAAUAAUCAGACCCAUGGCCCGGAAUUUAUCACCCCAGGGGGCGAGCCUGGCCAUCGAAGCGCUCAGAAAACGCCUGCCGGAGGAUCUCGUCAACUUUUUGCAUUACAAAUCGAACAAUCUAUUCAAAUAA